GUCAUAAAUUUUCGUAAUGAAUCGUUUUCCAUAUCCGUCUCGGGAUUUUGUCUUUUCCGUGUUGUCGUGUUUGCGCGGCGUAAAGUUAAGAGAGCAUCUAGUAUUUUUGUUUGGAGAUUGUGUAAUUGAAUUCAUACUCACAAAGUCACCAACACUUGUGCAAAUCAAAAUCUCAUACCAAUUGCAGAACCAGAUUCCCCAUAAUUGAUUAUCCACACUUGACAAAAGUCAUUUAUAUUGUGGCUUGGUUCAACAUUAAAUUACUAGUUGACUCUUUUAUUUACAAGGUAAAAAGGUCAUAAUAUCUAUAUCCCCACUUAUUCCAAAUUCUUUAGUCUUCUCUUAUCAUUUUCUUCUUCACAUAUUGAUUAAUAUAAUUCAGCCUUCUCUCAUGGGUCGGAAAAAGCUUGCGAUGAGGCGGAUCGAGAACCCGACCUCCCGUCAAGUAACGUACGCUAAGCGCAAAGAUGGCAUCGUCAAAAAGGCCAACGAGCUCUCCGUUUUAUGCGAUACCGAUGUUGCCCUCAUCAUGUUCUCGCCCACCGGCCGACUCACCAGCUUUGCUAGUACCGGAAGCAGGGUUGAGGAUAUCUUUCUUAGGUUUGUUGACAGGCCUGAUGAGUUGAGAGGAGGACCUAUUAAUAAUGAAGAGUUUUUGUCCGGAAGGCUGAAGCAGUUGAAGUACGAAGCGCAGAUGCUCGAAAAGAUAGCCAUUAUAGAGGAUCUUGAAGAAAAGUUGGAUAAACUCAAUAGAAAACAACGUGAGUCGCAGGAGAAAAUGAGGUAUUAUGAACCUGAUGUAGACAAAAUCAGUUCAAUUCUUGAAGCUGGAGUCUUCCAGCAGUAUCUUACAAGCGCAAUUCAGCGUAUACAAUUGUCAAAGGUGCGUUUUUCUGUCUUUAUCGUAAAUUUAUACACAACUAUACAUAUAUAUGUAUGUGCGCGCUAGGUC